AAGAAAAAAAACGAAACGAAAAUGAAUUGGUUGAUCGUGAUAUCGAGUGUGAUUUUUAUAUUUGGAAUAUGCAACUGUAGCACGCACCCAUUUGGAUCACAAUUUUAUGGACAUGAAUUGUUAUUCAAAGAAGUAAUUCUAAAUGCUAGUUCGGUUGCUCCACAAAAUUAUACAACAGUAUUCAAUUACGACGACCGAGAUCAGCAAAUUGUUACGUUCGCCAAAUUCCAAAUUGAUGGGGGAAACAGCACUGCAUCUAUAAAGUACUCUAAUAAAACGAUGGCAGUUACAAUAAACGCAUAUUUAACAACAAAUGUAACAGCUACAGCUUCUAUUUAUGGAUUUAAUUCGGAGCAUAUCAGUUCACACUUUAUUCGAAGGUUAUAUGAUAUGAAAAAGCAGAAAAGUCAGCCACUGAGUUUUGUGUUGGACUUUGAGUAUUUAGAAAUCGAAGAUGAACUGUUGUAGAUUUUUGGAAAAAGUUCUGCUCGUGUGACGAUUAGAUGACUGGCAAAUGAUUUCAUUUUUGAAAUAAUAAGAAAAUUAGUUGCUGUUGUUAUUUCCUUCAGUCCUCCUACAGUCAUUUCAUUAAAAUUGAAAACAAACUUCAAAACUCAUAAUAGAACGUUUGACUCAAAUUAGUUUCGUAUGUGAUGUAUGCGAUUGCAUCUAAUCUCACAAUAACGAAGGUUUUUUUAAAGUAUUUCAACGAAAAAUUUAGCAUAUAAAAUUGAUAGCAGUUUUCAGAUCUUACGAAAUAAGAGAGUAGUGAAUAAUUUAUGAUUUUAGUUAAGAUAUUAACAAACAAGGCAAUUGUGUUAAGAAAUAGACUAGUUAUGUAAAGAAUUUUAUAAUAAAACGUAAUAUUUAAUAG